AAAUUACUAAAAUGUAAAAAUGUAAGAGGAGGGAUGCCCACCACGCGUGACGUCAGCAGAGGCAGAUACCUCUAGCUUCUUCUCCAUGUUUAUCAUCCGCGCAUCCGAUAUCGACGAGGAUAGAGCACCAUCCAGGGUCAGGGCAGCCGAACCGAAUCAUGGCGGCGCCGUUAGCCCACUUCGAUGAAGACUGGCAGGAUUUCAACGAAUUCAAGGCGGCCUCCGGGUCGCCGAACCGACUGGACCAUCUGAACUCGAACGUAGCUGACACGGGGUUGGUGGAGGAUUUCUCGGACCUCGACAACAGCUUCUCGGGGGAGAUAUGCAGCUUCAAGUCAAUGGAGGACCUUGUCCACGACUUCGAUGAGAAGCUGACAGUUUGCUUCCGAAAUUACAACACUAAAACUGAAAACAUAGCCCCCAUUAAACCUAUCACAGAAGAUAAUUUCCUCAAGGACGACGAGUGAGUGUUAAUUUUGUGCUACUUUAUUACUUUAGCAUUGUUAACCUAGCAUCUGAAAUCAGUUUUUGCCAAACUAGUUAGUAGUUAGCCUACCAUUGCUAACGUUAGUCUGCUGCUAGCGAGCCAUUUAAACAACAUGGUUGUUAGCUAGAUAGCGAGCCAAGGUUGUGUUGAAUGCAUGUGACACGUAAAUGUAACUAAGAAAAUCAGGACUUCAGGACGAGCCUUCAAGAGGUUACAUUUGUAUAUUGUUGCUAGCAGUUAGCUACAACACAUUAACGUUAACUGACCUUUGUUUUCAAUAUAGCUAGCUAGUUACCCAACUUUAGUUUGUAAACAACUUGAUAUUUGCAUUGCAUGAUUUCCUUCAGUCCCUCCUUUCAUAAGUGACUUCAAAAUACUAGACUACCUGUGUCUCGUGCAUUAGCUAUGUACACUGCAAUUCAUUUUCCUAAUUCUGGAACUGUAGCUAAUUAUUGUACUGAAUACUGACUUUCGAGUCAUCCGAGUCUGUCUAAACUCAGGACAGAAAGGAGUCCGGGCUGUUCUCUAUUGACGCACUGCCGAUGAACCACAUCUUCAUUGAUUCACUGUGACAUUUUAAACAAAUUAAAACACAUACACAGAGGUAAAUCUUUGUAAUUGUUAUUGAAAGGGCACGCUUCAGCUCAGAUUGUGUGAUGGACAGCGUUUAUAAAACCAGUGAUCUGUAGUGUAGAGGACAUCUGAACUCAACCCUCCUCUUCACCCCCUCAACUUGCUCUAUACACACAACCUACACAUAAACACAUAGUCGUAUGCACACACCAAGAUCGUGUCAGUUGAUAUUGGCAGCCCUAUAUGUUGUUUCAGUUGCUCUUGAGUCAGGUCCAAAGAAUCUUGGGGGAAACACUGUACCCUUUUACAAUAAGAUGAGGCCCAUACUUAGGCCUAAACUAAACAAUCCAUGUUAUCUUAGAAUGUUUUUAAAAAUAAUAUUAUAAACCAGGUGGUUCGAGCCCUGAAUGCUGAUUGGCUGAAAGACGUGGCAUAUCAGACCGUAUAUCAUGGGUAUGACAAUUACUUUUUACUGUUCUAAUUACAUUGGUAACCAGUUAAUAAUAGCAAUAAGGCACCUCCUCGGGUUUGUGGUAUAUGGCCAAUAUACCACGGCUAAGGGCUGUAUCCAGGCACUCCGGGAUGCGUCCUGCGUAAGAACAGCCCUUAGCCGUGGUAUAUUGACCAUAUACCAUACCUCCUCAUGCCUUAUUGCUUAAGUAACACAUGCUGUAACAAAGGUAGCUAGGGUAUCACUAUAAUAAAGACUUGUGGAGAUGGCAGAGGAUCUGUUAGCCUGUGAUGUUGGUCUAUGUAUGACUCAUCAUCAUGUUCCGACUACAGUAUAGUCAGUGUCUUCUCCCUAAAAUGGCCUCCUGGUCUGUCACACUCAAUCAAAUCAAAUCAAAUCAAAUUGUAUUGGUCACAUGCGCCGAAUACAACAGGUGCAGACAUUACAGUGAAAUGCUUACUUACAGCCCUUUGGAAUGUCAUUUCAGGGAAAAGAAAGAAUUCAGACAUACACAGGAGAGAAACAGGGGUACAUGCACAUCAACUGUUUGCGAGGUGCCAAAAUAGGCCAGGUGAGUGUUGUGGUGUGAGAAAAGAUGGGUGGAGGGGGAGUUUGGUAAAACUGUAACUAGGAGCUGAAAGACGCAAGGAUGGGUGGGGGGUCCUAAAUGAGGAUGCCUAUUGGUAGGACAUGCUUGCUCUAACAGCUUCUGGGCUAAGACCUGUCAAGCGGACCUAACUGGCACUGCAGACCGAACGUGCGUGGUGUUAAUCCGAAUGUCUUUGGGGGUUUGCAGAUCAUUUUCCUUGGUUAGGGGCCUCUAAGGAACACCCUGGUAUAGAGCCCUGAGGCAGGAGGCUUGCUUUAUGUCAUGGGCGGUGCAUACCUGUAGUGUGUAGUGGCCGAGCAAUCCAGCAUGAUCAAGCGUCAGCCACGGUCCGAAGGUCCUGCGAUUGCAUUUUGAGGGACCUACCCAUGCCAAAUCUUUUUAGUCUCCUGAGGGGGAAUAGGCUUUGUCGUGCCCUCUUCACGACUGUCUUGGUGUGUUUGGACCAUGAUAGUUUGUUGGUGAUGUGGACACCAAGGAACUUGAAGCUCUCAACCUGUUCCACUACAGCCCCGUCGAUGAGAAUGGGGGCGUGCUCAGUCCUCUUUUUUUUCCUGUAGUCCACAAUCAUCUCCUUUGUCUUGGUCACGUUGAGGGAGAGGUUGUUUUCCUGGCACCACACAUCCAGAUCUCUGACCUCCUCCCUAUAGGCUGUCUCAUCGUUGUCGGUGAUCAGGCCUACCACUGUUGGGUCGUCGGCAAACUUAAUGAUGGUGUUGGAGUCGUGCCUGGCCAUGCAGUCAUGGGUGAACAGAGAGUACAGGAGGGGACUGAGCACGCACCCCUGAGGGGCCCCCGUGUUGAGGAUCAGUGUGGCAGAUGUGUUGUUACCUACCCUUACCACCUGGGGGCGGCCCGUCAGGAAGUCCUCAAUACAGAUACAGGUGUGACAAUUGGUCAUAAUAUCAAUUUCCAGGGAAAGAGAGAAAGGAAUUCACGCACACAUACACACAGAGAGAGAACAUGUAUAUACAGCACACACAGACCUAGUUUUGCAGUGCCAAUGGACCAGGGUGAAGUGUGUGUGUGUGAGGGAAACAGAGGAUGGAGGUGGAGGGGGGAGUUUGGACAGAAGCCUGAGCUGGGCUGAAAGAGCAGUGCACUGAGGGCAGGGGAGUCCUUUCAUGAGUGACUGCCCUUUUGGAGGACAUGCCUUGCCUCCUAACAAGCUCUAGCUGGCUAAUGACCUAGCUCCAAGCAGAGACUCACAGCGAGGAUGACAUGAAGACCGGAAGGAGUGUGUGUUUAUAUUCCCGAAUGUGCUUUUGGGAAAAGUUUCAGGAUAACUUUCCUUGGUGUAGGAGGACAGAAGGAGAACUACUCAUGAAGCUACAUAGAGCCACUGGCCACAGAGAGGCUUGUUUAUGCAGGGCGUGUGUGUGCAUUGUUGACGGCCUGAGAAUAGCAAUGCCAUGAUCAAAGGGUGACACAGCCACAGGGCCAAAGCGGUUCCUGCUGGCAUUGCCCAAUUUUAGGGAACAUAUCCCAAAACGGUGUGUGUUGUUAAUGGUAAUAAUGCAGUUUUUUGUUGUUGUAUAUUUUUUAGUGGGUAGAUCAGCUUUAAUAUUGCAGAUAGAUUGAAACUUCCAUCAAUGUAAUUGUCUGCAUCACUUCCAAUCCCCUGUAUGUUUUUUCUCUCGCAAAUAUAUAUGUAUACAUAUACACAUGCAUACAUAUGCAUACAUACAUAUCCUUUAAUAAAAUGUAUUUUCCUUUAUUUCUUUCCAAGCCCACCAUAAUGCUGUGUUAGUGAGAGAGCAAGAGUGAGGGAGAGACUGGGGUUAUGUGAAUAACACAUGUCUUCAUUGGAGUGUGUGGGUAGCAAUCUCUCUGAUGCAAAGCCUUUCUGACACAUGGGUUCACAAUGCCCAUCCUCUCAUUGCUCGCAGCAGUCAGGGUUAGACAGACGCACACACACUCAAACUCGCAUGUAUCUUACGCACAACACAUUCUUAUCCUCACAUGUAUCUUACACACGCUCACUCCAAUUGAGUAGCAGUAUCUAUGUACAAAAUGGAAGAAAGGUCCAUGAAAAUGUAUUUUCCUGUAGCGCAAAGCCCUUUUAAGAAAGGACUUGGACAAUAUAUUUGGCAUUGAAAAAUCAUUAGGCUGUUGAGAAAUGCUAGAUUCCUGUGCUGUUAGCAGCGGGCAGAGAGAGACGAGCUGUGUCAGAGACAGAAGUGGUGUGUGGGUGGCUGGUGAGAAAAGUUGAUGAUAAACAACUGAUGAAGUGUCAGUGGGGGAAGGUUUUUUUGUGCUGUGAAUUAAAAUGUUCUGUCUUUCUUCCUUUCUUUCUACCUCCAUUGUUCUCCUUUAAUUCUCCCCCACUUAUUCUUCUCUCAUCACCCUCUCUUUCUCUUCAUUCCCCUCACCAUCUUCCUCUUUCACCCUUCUUUCCCUCUCUCUCUCUCCCCCUCAGGGUGUGGAAUGCUCUGACCGAUAACUAUGGCAACGUGAUGCCAGUGGACUGGAAGACAUCUCACAUUCGCUCCCUGCAUCUCCCCACACUCAACCUCCGUGAGCAGGGGGUAAGACACACACACACACACACACACACACACACACGGUCUGCACCUCCUAGGGCGAUAUGGCCUAAAAAUCAUAUGUCGAUUUUUUUUUUUCUCCAAUAUUUUUUCAAACGAUAUACAUCUCGAUUUUUGAAAUGUUUUCUCUAAGCUUUGUUGUACAAUAAAGGUGAAAUACACUGCAUUUCAACAGUCAGCAAUAAUGUAAUGAAUUCAAGGCUUGUGAAAUUAUACCUAAGCUUAAUAUAAGCCUUCCACAACUAUAGGACCCACUAACAUAUAAAAAGAAAAAGAAAAUCAAAAUAGUUUAACCCUGCUUUUUUUGCUAUAAUCAAUGAUCUGGCAUUCAAGUCUGUCUAUGAAAAUGUCCUUUUUGUAAAAAAUUUAACCAGAACCAUGCAUAAUGCACAUUCACUAAAAAUGGCUAACAUCUUGUAGCAGGCAUUAUAGAAAAUUAAUACAGGUCUCAUAAACAAUAUCUCAAGCACAAGCCCACGUGCUAGUGACUAGCCAGCUACGUUUUAUAUUUAAAAUGUAGCCAACUUGGAUCUGUUUGCUAGCGAACAAGGUAGAAUUGUUAUGAACACACCCUUCUGUCCAUCUCCAACUGUUUGAACAGCAUGCUAGCCUGUCCAUUUUGUUCAGAUGUUGAAAUCAAGUGGCCUACCUUAUUUCUAAGAGUGAGAACGAGUUGACAAUUCCUUAUAUAAUUGUGUUUUAUGCUUAUUGCAGAUUUAUAAACCACAGAAUAGACAGCUAGUAUAUCAGUCUUUGGCUACAAUGCUGCUAGUGGUACGUGGUAACGCAAUGCCACGCACGACAAACUGAGCAUACAUUUUCCAGAAUCAAUGUUCAUUGAUAUUCCUGUUUUAGUAGUGUCUGCUCUGUGUUUUUUGAGGAGUUAAGACAUAAAAAGGGUAUUGUUAGAAAGGGUAACUUCUCUAUUACAGUAAAAUAAUGUCUCAAUGUGUUUUGGUGUCCAUAUGACCGAUUCUGUUGGACAAUGCCUUGAAUGCAAAUAGCGAGUUGAACCCGCUUGUCAGAGAGGAACAAGUGAUCUAUCAUCUUUGUUGUUGUGAGUGGUAGGGGGAGGGGCUUGGAGUGUGUGUGUGUAAAUGGGAAGGUGCACACAGUACAGAAGGAGCGAAGGAGACGAGACCAAAAAGACAACAUGAAAACAAAAGGACAUAAACGCUCUUAAAAAUGAAAAAUAUAGGCAUUUGGAAUAUCGCGCUAGAAUGAAUUUGAUAUAUCGCCCUAGCACCUCCCUACUCUCUGUACACUUUCCCCCGCUCAGCCUCCUAGAACCAAGCUGACUCGCAUCCCCCUUUUUGCUCUCUCUCACCCCAUCUCUCUGUCCCUCUGCUCUCUCCCUCCCUCUCUCUCUCUGAUGGACAGAAGCUGGACAACAUGCCUCUGGACCUAUCUGAUGAUGAGGAGCUGAGGGAACAGAUGGACAUGCACUCCAUCAUCGUGUCCUGCAUCAACGACGAACCGCUCUUCACCGUCGAGCAGGUACACACACACGCUUGCUCUUUCUGUCACGUCUCAAAUACACCACACACACUCCUACUUACAAAGCCACACUCAUAGUAACACACAACCCUGUGUGUGUUGCAGGUGAUCGAGGAGAUUGAGGAGCUGAUGGAAGAGUCUCCAGACCCAGAGGAUGAUGAGAGCCCGUCCCAGUCAGACCUGUCCAUGCUCUCCCAAGACCUCAGCAACCUCAAACGCUCCAGCUCCAACACCAGCUAUGAGGACCGUGAGUUACUCCUAACUCUCAUCUAAAUCCCUAACAACUCAAGUGUAAACAGCUCUGUGCAGCUCCAUUACACAACUCUGGACAUAUAUACAACUGGACAGCAGAUACAGGCUCACAGUAGCAUUGUUACGUAAUAUACAUUAGAUACAACUGGACUGCAGAUACAGGCUCAUUGUUGCGUAAGAGACAUUAAAUACAACUGGACAGCAAUUACUGCAUGUUUGUUAUGUAACUUGUAAAUGCACAUCAAAUCAAGCCUUAAUGCAAACAUUUGUGACUGACCUCGUAAGUGUAUGUUAGUAUGUGAUACCCCCAAUGUGAAAAUGUGAUAUGUCAAGGCCUAUUUAAGUAUGUGUUUAAGUUGUUCUAACCCCCAGGCCUGCAUCGUCUGUCAGUCUCCGAGCUGAGCGAGGCCUUGGAGGAGGUGGAGACAGCCAUCAGGCGCUACAGUGAGGAGCUGAUACAGGCCCUGGCCCUGAGGGACGAGCUGGACUUUGAGAAGGAGGUGAAGAACAGCUUCAUCUCGCUGCUCAUCGACGUGCAGAACCGGCAGAAGGAGCACCGCGAGCUGCUCCGCAAGAAGAAGAAGAUCAGGCCCACAGGCAGCAAUCCGAGGGCAGACAGGACACACGUCCCUGGGACGGUGAGAGAGAGAGGGGGGUGAUAGACACAGAUUCAUACAUAGUAUUGUAUACAUUGAAAUCCAUAUAAUGCACAUUGUGCUGCAUACAGUGAGGGGAAAAAGUAUUUGAUCCCCUGCUGAUUUUGUACGGUUGCCCACUGACAAAGAAAUGAUCAGUCUAUCAUUUUAAUGGUAGGUUUAUUUGAACAGUGAGAGACAGAAUAACAACAAAAAAAUUCAGAAAAACGCAUGUCAAAAAUGCUAUAAAUCGAUUAGCAUUUUAAUGAGGGAAAUAAGUAUUUGACCCCUCUGCAAAACAUGACUUAGUACUUGGUGGCAAAACCCAUGUUGGCAAUCACAGUGAUCAGACGUUUCUUGUAGCUGGCCACCAGGUUUGCACACAUCUCAGGUGGGAUUUUGUCCCACUCCUCUUUGCAGAUCUUCUCCAAGUCAUUAAGGUUUCGAGGGUGACGUUUGGCAACUCGAACCUUCAGCUCCCUCCACAGAUUUUCUAUGAGAUUAAGGUCUGGAGACUGGCUAGGCCACUCCAGGACCUUAAUGUGCUUCUUCUUGAGCCACUCCUUUGUUGCCUUGGCCUUGUGUUUUGGGUCAUUGUCAUGCUGGAAUACCCAUCCACGACCCAUUUUCAAUGCCCUGGCUGAGGGAAGGAGGUUCUCACCCAAGAUUUGACGGUACAUGGCCCCGUCCAUCGUCCCUUUGAUGCAGUGAAGCUGUCCUGUCCCCUUAGCAGAAAAAGAUUGUAGGUCUACAAUCUUGUCCCUGACAUCCUUGGAGAGCUCUUUGGUCUUGGCCAUGGUGGAGAGUUUGGAAUCUGAUUGAUUGAUUGCUUCUGUGGACAGGUGUCUUUUAUACAGGUAACAAACUGAGAUUAGGAGCACUCCCUUUAAGAUUGUGCUCCUAAUCUCAGCUCAUUACCUGUAUAAAAGACACCUGGGAGCCAGAAAUCUUUCUGAUUGAGAGGGGGUCAAAUACUUAUUUCCCUCAUUAAAAUGCAAAUCAAUUUAUAACAUUUUUGACAUGCGUUUUUCUGGAUUUUUUUGUUAUUCUGUCUCUCACUGUUCAAAUAAACCUACUGUUAAAAUUAUAGACUGAUCAUGUCUUUGUCAGUGGGCAAACGUACAAAAUCAGCAGGGGAUCAAAUACAUUUUUCCCUCACUGUACAUACGCGUAUAGAUAUGUGUAUUGUGGACACUCCCUCAUUCAUACAUACACGCACCACAAGGGAAGAUGCAUGCACUGGAAACUGAGGGGACAGGCACAUGCAUGGAAGAGCAACAAAACAGACUCUGCAGUGCUGUACUAACUCCUGCCACACUCACCCUGCAGACCCUGUUGGGUCUUUCUCUCCCCUUACGCUUUAUUCUACAGUCCACUAUUUUCCGGCUAGUUACUAUUUUACAUGGUGAAAUUUUGACGUCUUAGUAAAUACCAGCUGAAAACAGGACUGUCAAAUAAAGCACCCUGGCGGUCUGAAUUCACCCUGCCAUUGUUUUUGUCCAAUCUGAACUGUUGGACUUCCGUGUGGAUAAUCUGUCCUUUACGGAACCUAAGACGAUGGCGGGUUGAAUCCAGCUCUAUACCCCUCUCCUGCUCUCUGGAGUGCUCGUGUCUUUUUGGAGGGUUUCUCAUUCUUUGGUAGUUUUAUCUCUCUCUCCCUCCUUCCUCUCUGUUCUUCUAGCUCUUCACUAUGGAGGGACUCUCCACUGUCAUUCAGAACGGCCUCCGUCAAACUUUCGGCAGCACAGGAGGGGACAAACAGGUGCCCCUCUCUCUAGCUACCCCUCUUUUUUUCAGUAUUCCUUCUAAAAAAUGUUGACAGUUCUUUUAUCUACAGCUAUUGCCGCUGCUGUGUUCUCCACCUGUCAUCUUUAUUUUCACGUCUUUCUUUUUCAGGUUUUCUAUCCGUUUUAUUUACUCAUUCUUAAGCCCUCUGCUGUCUUAUCCUCUGGCUCAUUCUGUGUCCAUCAAAUACAAAUGAAGCAGCUCUGCUUCUGCUUUCAUAUCCUUCUUUUUCUGUCUUGUUUUUUUGUUGUUCCCCUUUUAGAUUUUUCCUGUAGUAUAUUCUAAUAUAAUAAUAAAUCAUAUAUAGUAAUAAUAUCCCAUUUAGUAGACGCUUUUAUCCAAAGCGACUUAGUCAUGCGUGCAUAAAUGUUUACGUAUGGGUGGUCCUGUUUGUUGAACUGAGCAUUGUGUCUUGAGAUUGGCAGGAACUUGAAGCUGAAUCAUCCAAUAGUGUGCUCUCCUUAUUUCCUGCAAACAAGCGUCCUCCUGUUACUAUGGGUGGCUUCAUGUGCUCAUGGGAAAUUGUGAAGUUGUAAGUCCGACAUUAAUUCGUUCACGUGCCUUUUGAAGUCGAAACAAUUCUUUAACCAAUAAGAUUGUACAUUGCUAAUAAUAAAGUUAGUUAGCUUGCUUAACAUUGACAUAUGGUCAAACUAGCUACAUUCUCCAUAUUGAUAAGGUUGUAAUUGUCAACUGAUUUGUUGACAUCUUUUGGUUGAAACGGUCAGUGGUGAAACGUCGCUACUCGGGUAACAACACUUUCUCUGUUUCCCACUUGUAAUUCCGACAGAGGGUCAUUCAAGUGAAAUUUCCCACUGGGAACUAGGAGCUUCUGAUAGCACAUGAACGCAGCAUAAUGCCCAACUGUCUCCCAUUAAACUAAAAUUAACCAAUGGCCUUAACUCACUCAUUCACCUAUAACCACGCACCAACCAGUCACAACUUACUCUGUCAUUAUUGGCUCAGUUGACCAAUGAGUGGUUUGUAGUAUUGAAAUAUACACUCACGGCCAGUUUAUUAGGUACCGGGUCGGACCCUCCUUUGCCUCCAAAACAGCCUGAAUUCUACAAGGUGUGGCGUUCAAACGUUGCUCAAUUGCGAUCAAGGGACCUAACGUGUGCCAGGAAAACAUUCCCCACACCAUUACACCACUGCCACCAGCCUGUACCAUUGACACCAAGCAGGAUGCGUCCAUUAACUCCUGCUGCUUACGUCAAAUCCUGACUCUUCCAUCAGCAUGACACAACAAGAACUGGGAUUUGUCGGACCGGGUGACGUGUUUCCACUCCUCAAUUGUCCAAUGUUUGUGAUCGCAUGCCCACUCGGGCCGCUUCUUCUUGUUUUUAGCUGAUAUGAGUGGAACCCGGUUUGGUCGUCUGCGACAAUAAACCAUCCAAGACAAGGACCGACUAGUUGUUUGUUCCGAGAAUGCCGUUCUGCACAACACUGUUAUACUGCGCCGUUAUUUGCCGGUUUGUGGCCUGCCUGUUAGCUUGCACGAUUCUUGCCAUUCUCCUUCGACCUCUCAUCAACGAGCUGUUUUCACCAACAGGACUGCCGCUGACUGGAUGUUUUUUGUUUGUCGCACCAUUCUCGGUAAACCUUAGACACUGUUGUGCGUGAAAAGCCCAGGAGGCCGGCCAUUUCUGAAGUACUGGAACCGGCGCGCCUGGCACCAACGAUCUUACCACGCUCAGUUGCUUAGGUCACUGGUUUUGCCCAUUCUAACGUUAAAUCGAACAGUAACUGGACGCCUGUCUGCCUGCUUUAUAUACAGUGGGGGAAAAAAGUAUUUAGUCAGCCACCAAUUGUGCAAGUUCUCCCACUUAAAAAGAUGAGAGAGGCCUGUAAUUUUCAUCAUAGGUACACGUCAACUAUGACAGACAAAUUGAGAAUUUAUUUUCCAGAAUAUCACAUUGUAGGAUUUUUUAUGAAUUUAUUUGCAAAUUAUGGUGGAAACUAAGGAUUUGGUCAAUAACAAAAGUUUCUCAAUACUUUGUUAUAUACCCUUUGUUGGCAAUGACACAGGUCAAACGUUUUCUGUAAGUCUUCACAAGGUUUUCACACACUGUUGCUGGUAUUUUGGCCCAUUCCUCCAUGCAGAUCUCCUCUAGAGCAGUGAUGUUUUGGGGCUGUCGCUGGGCAACACGGACUUUCAACUCCCUCCAAAGAUUUUCUAUGGGGUUGAGAUCUGGAGACUGGCUAGGCCACUCCAGGACCUUGAAAUGCUUCUUACGAAGCCACUCCUUCAUUGCCCGGGCGGUGUGUUUGGGAUCAUUGUCAUGCUGAAAGACCCAGCCACGUUUCAUCUUCAAUGCCCUUGCUGAUGGAAGGAGGUUUUCACUCAAAAUCUCACGAUACAUGGCCCCAUUCAUUCUUUCCUUUACACAGAUCAGUCGUCCUGGUCCCUUUGCAGAAAAACAGCCCCAAAGCAUGAUGUUUCCACCCCCAUGCUUCACAGUAGGUAUGGUGUUCUUUGGAUGCAACUCAUCAUUCUUUGUCCUCCAAACACGAUGAGUUGAGUUUUUACCAAAAAGUUCUAUUUUGGUUUCAUCUGACCAUAUGACAUUCUCCCAAUCCUCUUCUGGAUCAUCCAAAUGCACUCUAGCAAACUUCAGACGGGCCUGGACAUGUACUGGCUUAAGCAGGGGGACACGUCUGGCACUGCAGGAUUUGAUUCCCUGGUGGCGUAGUGUGUUACUGAUGGUAGGCUUUGUUACUUUGGUCCCAGCUCUCUGCAGGUCAUUCACUAGGUCCCCCCGUGUGAUUCUGGGAUUUUUGCUCACCGUUCUUGUGAUCAUUUUGACCCCACGGGGUGAGAUCUUGCAUGGAGCCCCAGAUCGAGGGAGAUUAUCAGUGGUCUUGUAUGUCUUCCAUUUCCUAAUAAUUGCUCCCACAGUUGAUUUCUUCAAACCAAGCUGCUUACCUAUUGCAGAUUCAGUCUUCCCAGCCUGGUGCAGGUCUACAAUUUUGUUUCUGGUGUCCUUUGACAGCUCUUUGGUCUUGGCCAUAGUGGAGUUUAUAGUGUGACUGUUUGAGGUUGUAGACAGGUGUCUUUUAUACUGAUAACAAGUUCAAACAGGUGCCAUUAAUACAGGUAACGAGUGGAGGACAGAGGAGCCUCUUAAAGAAGAAGUUACAGGUCUGUGAGAGCCAGAAAUCUUGCUUGUUUGUAGGUGACCAAAUACUUAUUUUCCACCAUAAUUUGCAAAUAAAUUCAUAAAAAAUCCUACAAUGUCAUUUUCUGGAUUUUUUUUCUCUCAAUUUGUCUGUCAUAGUUGACGUGUACCUAUGAUGAAAAUUACAGGCCUCUCUCAUCUUUUUAAGUGGGAGAACUUGCACAAUAGGUGGCUGACUAAAUACUUUUUUCCCCCACUGUAACAAGCCACGGCAACGUGACUCACUGUCUGUAGGAGUGAACCAUUUUCGUGAACGAGUUGGUGUACCUAAUAAACUGGCCACUGAGUGUACAUACUACUUUUUCCCCCUGUUUUUUUAUGAGUUAUUAUUCCCAUAAUUCUCAAUGAGUUUAUCUUGUAUCAUGGUGCAGUUUUUCCUUUUCUUUGUGUUACCUUUCUUUUUGUCUCCUUUUUCAUCCCCCCCCCAUCAUCUGCCUUCUCUCUCCUGUGUCUUGUACUCCCCCCCCCCCCCCCCCCCCCCCCCCCCAUCAUCUGCCUUCUCUCUCCUGUGUCUUGUAACCCCCCCCCCCCCCCCCCCCCCCUCUAUCAUCUGCCUUCCCUCUCUCCUGUGUCUUGUACUCCCCCCCCAUCAUCUGCCUUCCCUCUCUCCUGUGUCUUGUACUCCCCCCCCUAUCAUCUGCCUUCCCUCUCUCCUGUGUCUUGUACUCCCCCCCCCCCUUCCCCCCCCCCCCCCCCCCCCAUCAUCUGCCUUCCCUCUCUCCUGUGUCUUGUACUCCCCCCUCUUUCCUCUCGUUCUGUGGUUGUGACGUGUUUCUCUCUCUCUCUCUCAGUAUCUGACCACAGUUAUCCCCUAUGAGAAGAAGGCUGGCUCCCCCUCUGUGGAUGACCUUCAGAUCCUCACCAAGAGUGAGUACUGCUCGCAAACCACACUUGCCUGUCAACUAGCAAUUCACCAUGAAAGUUGAACUGUAAUGCCAGAAUAGUCGUGUUAUAACAGUAAUAUUCACUCCCAAAUCACUUUUACUCUCUUCCCUGCAGUUUUGCAUGCCAUGAGGGAGGACAGUGAGAAGGUGCCCAGCCUCCUAACAGACUACAUCCUCAAAGGUACUCCUUCUCUACCAGUUACAAUGCUCUUACUCCCAUUCAAAAGACCAAAUGUUACCACACAUGGCGAAGUACAUUCUCAAAGGUAUU